AUGACGGAAGGUUUUACGGACUUCUGCUCCGGGCAAACAGAGCGAUGCGCAGGCGCAGACUUUCUCGGCGCCACCGGCCAGGGCCCGCGGGGCGGCGGACGCAGGAGGGGCGAGGCCCACGGGACGACGCGGGGCAGGGCCAGCGCGGCCCGCAGCAGCGCCCGCCCUCUCAGGCACUCCGAGGCGCCCAAAAAUGUUGACUGUGGAGCAGCCGAGAAACUCUCCCUUCGUAAGCAGCGCUUCAUGCAGUUUUCUUCCCUGGAACAUGAAGGGGAAUAUUACAUGACACCACGUGACUUCCUCUUUUCAGUAAUGUUUGAGCAGAUGGAACGUAAAACUUCAGUCAAGAAGCUGGCAAGGAAGGAUAUUGAGGAUGUCCUGGCAGGAAUCCCAAAGGCUGGUUGUGGAUCAACCUUCUUUCGAGACCUUGGCGAUAGAGGGCUGAUUUCAUACACUGAGUAUCUUUUCUUGCUUACAAUCCUCACUAAACCCCAUACUGGUUUUCAUGUGGCUUUUAAAAUGUUAGAUACAGAUGGCAAUGAGAUGAUUGAGAAAAAGGAGUUUUUUAAGCUACAGAAGAUCAUAAGUAAACAAGAUGACUUCAAGAUGGUGAAAACUAGUGAAACAGAAUGUGAGGAUCAACCCGUGAAAGACUCCGAAAUUAACACAACCCUUCAGAUGCGUUUCUUUGGGAAAAAAGGAGACAGAAAACUGCAUUUUAAAGAAUUUCGAAGAUUCAUGGAAAAUUUACAAGCAGAAGUUCAGGAAAUGGAAUUCAUUCAGUUUUCCAAAGGCUUGAGUUUCAUGAGGAAAGAAGACUUUGCAGAAUGGCUGCUUUUCUUCACUAACACUGAAAAUAAAGACAUUUAUUGGAAAAAUGUGCGAGAGAAGUUGUCUGCAGGAGAGAGCAUUAGUUUGGAUGAGUUCAAGUCAUUUUGCCAUUUUACGACCCACUUGGAAGACUUCGCGAUUGCCAUGCAGAUGUUCAGCUUAGCUCAUCGGCCCGUCAGACUCGCCGAGUUUAAGAGAGCUGUGAAGGUAGCUACAGGACAAGAGCUUUCAAACAAUAUUUUGGACACUGUCUUCAAGAUCUUUGAUUUGGAUGGUGACGAGUGCCUGAGCCAUGAGGAGUUUCUUGGGGUGUUAAAAAACAGGAUGCAUCGAGGGUUAUGGGUCCCACAGCCACAGAGUGUACAAGAAUACUGGAAAUGCGUGAAAAAAGAGAGCAUCAAAGGGGUAAAAGAGGUCUGGAGACAAGCGGGGAAAGGCCCUUUUUAGGAAGAGAUAGCACGGCCAUUGUGCCACUCCACGUCGGGAUCUGAGACGUUUUCUGAAGCAUUAGCGGCUUUGCUUGUCACGUCCUCGUUGACUUCCUCUGUGACCUAAAAACGCCCUGCGCCUGCUUCUGGCUCAGUGACUUCUGAUACACUGUCAUUAGCGAGCUGAGUGGGAAGAGGAGCAGCUGCGGUACCCCUGUCCAGGACACACACUGGGUUCCUCCGGAGGCCUGAGCUCUAAGUAACGGUUUGUUCCUGCGGAGACAGAGAGCCUGGUCACUCACUGGUUCUCAGACAGAAGGGCAUGAUUCGCUUUCUCUUCAGCAUCCAGUAACACUGGAAAAGUACAGAGAAAGCACCUGACUCACAGGCCAGUGUUGGUCCCAGAGGUGGUGAAGCUCCUAGCGGGAGAAAUGAAAUCAAGAACUUGUUCGGCUGUCUUGCAUCAGUGUCAUGUCUAACCAAGUUCUUGUACGUUCACUUCAGUUAGCUUAGCUGUGUAGUAACUGUCUUAACAUGUAAACAUCAGUAGCAAAAUCAAAAUAAAGUGUUGGCACAUAUACAAAAAA